AUGGCGUCAAAGAAGGAUCAACUCUGCCAGAGAUGCUCAGGCAUUGACCUCAACAAGGUCUUUUCUGGUGGAUACGAAACGCCCCAUCUGGUUGUUGAGCUUGGUGAUGUUCCUCAGGAGCAGUGCAAGUCAUCGUGCGGCCUGUGCCGCUUGAUCGCCGAAGCUAUCUACAGACCUUUCUGUAACGAGGAUCUUGCUUCGUAUCACGACAAAUGCGAUCUUUGUGAGCAGGUCGGCCCUGAGCAAGAUGACGAACCGCAGCCAUACCUCCUCGUUGCCGUUGAGAUCCCCCUGGAGAAGAAUAGGGACUCCAUCGGUCAUUCAGAGUCUUCCGAGUACAUGGACACAGCGGAUAUGUUCAAGGUCAGCCCCUCGCGAUCGAAAUCCCAGACAAAAACGCAUACUGCCCUCCCAGUUAGGGAACUUGAGAAAGGGACUUUCAUCGCCCUCAAGGUCGCACGAAAGAGAACCCCAGACGCACAAGUGCUUUCAUACUAUGGAAGCAUCUACCCAGCCUUUUCAACCCCCAAUAUUCCAUCGCCAGCCCGUCGAGUGCGCAGCCGGAUGAACUACAGUCUAUGGCGCAUCUUCCUGGAAGAGUGCCAGAAGAACCAUUCAGCAUGCAAUUGGACUGUCGACCGAGUUCUGAUCAAGGGUCUUCGCUUUAUUGACUGCAAGACAAGGAAGCUCAAGAAGGCUGCUCCGAAAGAUUCCUUUGUUGCACUGAGUUAUGUCUGGGGAGAGCGCGAUGAAGAGCCCUUCGAUGACAGUCAGCUUCGGAGGGGAAAGCUUCCACCUACCCCCUGGGUCGUCGAGGAUGCCAUGCGAGUGGUGACUCAGAUGGGUUAUCGGUACCUGUGGGUAGACAAAUAUUGCCUCCCGCAAGGCGACGAGAAAAUCCUCCAUGAGCAUCUCUAUCAGAUGCACCUCAUCUAUCAAAACGCAUUGUUCACCAUCGUGGCGGCAGCUGGUACACAUGCAUGGCAUGGAUUGCCCGGUGUCUGGUGGAUAGAUCGACGAGAGCAGACGCAUGCGGAGGUCAACGGUCAUCUCCUUGUCUCUGCAGUUGAGCCAUUCCCGCCCACAUCGCAGUGCAAGUGGAACACUCGCGGAUGGACGUACCAAGAGGGACUCUUCUCACCCCGCCAGCUCAUCUUCACUCCUCAUCAAGUGCUGUUUCACUGCACCGAAGGUCAACAAUCCGAGAUAUUCACCGAGCCAGUCUCGUGGCAAGUCGAUAAACGACCCAUACGUGACUUGUCAGUCUGGAACCACAUCGAAGCCUUCUCCAAGCGUGACUUGGCUCACGGCUAUGACGUCCUCGACGCCAUCAAGGCUACAAUGAGCACAUUCACGCACGGUUCGGGAGGCCAGGCAGCGUUCCUGUGGGGAGUUCCAUUUGCAGAAUCUCCACGUCCACUCGACAGCUCGGAAGUUCGUACUCACGUAUCCAGACUCUGCGAGGAUCCUAUUGAGUCUGCUUCUCAAGUUUUCUGUUACGGAUUAGCUUGGAAAGCCUCCAGGCACGAUUCCGAAACCACGACCAAGACAUCGCAGCGACGCACAUACUUCCCGACAUGGUCGUGGGCGAGUGCAGAUGGCUCAGUUGAGUUUCUGGCCGCAAAAUGGCCAAGUCAGACUUCAAAGGAAUGGAUCAGCUCAGAACUUGCCGUCUCUAUCGAAGAUGUGGAUGGACGAGUUGCACCCAUCUCUCAGUAUCUCAGAAAAGGUUAUCCCUCUGAGCCAUCGAGGUACCUGCAUGUGGAUGGCUGGUCUCUCCGAGACGCGAUGGUUAUUGACCCCAUUCGCGGACAGGCAUUGGUGGAGUUCGGCGAAGAAAAGUACAGGCUCAAAGGCUCGUUCACAUUCGACCCCCUUUCGGAGGAACACCGAAAAGAGGUUUGCGCUGUACUAUCUGAGACACAAAACGGCAAGAAGCGCUGGGAGGCUCUCAUAGUUCACAUACCGAAAAGCUUCUACAAAACACCUUUUGUAGUCGUCUUGGUCAAGUUGGAUGAUCCCGAGCGUCCCAACAGCGAUAUCUACGAGAGAGUGGGAUACGUACACCAACUAUACGUGAAAAGGAUGCCGAGAGCAGAAAGAGAGGCGGCCCGCCAGGUCCAGGCCAUUCCGGAGCCUUCGAUGAAGUGGGCAAUCGAGGAAGUCCGGCAACUUGAGCUGGAUCAAGAAAGACGACAGGCUGAAGCAGUGGAGAGAUGUCGAGCCGCGAAGGCGAAAAGACUUCGAGAGAAAGCGGAGAGGCUUCAAGAGAAAUCAUCACAGGCCUGGGAUGGCUCCUGGGCCUAUCCUAUGCGGCCACAUGGUGUGAGCGGCAAUGCACGGAGUGCUCUGGAAUCUACCACGCCAGGUAAGGGGGUUAAGGAGCCUCUUGACGAGAAAGAGGAGUCCCUUGGUGAGGAGUGUGCAGAGUCUGUUGACGAGGAUGAAGACAUCUCUUAUGACGACGAUGAUUUCCUUGAUUUCCUUGCCAAGUCAAACGCAGCUAUUCCUGAUGCGACCAAGCGGGCGACGCUUGAUAAACAAGCACUUGGCGAGGGGAAAGACAAGAACUCUGAGCGACUUGACGAGAGCACUUUCGAGGUCAUCACCAAGGCCGACGCAACUUCGCCCGAAAAGAACUCCCUCGAUAUUAACUUUGACGAUGGAGAUGACACAAACUCCAACUGCGACUCGGCCUCGACAGACUCGUAUGACUAUGGUGACGACUUCAUCACUUCUGAAGCCACAUGUGGUAGAGACCGGCGGUUCUUCAGACAUCUGCCUAUUGUUAGACGGAGUCUUAUAAUUAGAUAG